CGACCUUGAAUUCGCAACUAUCUCAGCGAGUAAGCUACUGCAUCUUUCUGUCAACUUCUGCCACAUAAGACAAAACGCCUCGAUACCCAGAAACACGCGCUGCGGCCGACAUGGGCGAAGACGACGAGUUAGAGAAUGUUCCGUUGGUAGGGACGGACCAUGCUCAAACUUCGGCUAGACAUCAGAAAUCCUGGAGGCGCUACCUCUCUCCAUUAUACUGGCUUGUCGCUUUAGAAACCCUCAACGUUUUGCUAUUUGUAGGCGUACCAUCCAUUUUGGCCAGAGCUCGGCAACCGAGUGCAUACACGCCUGAUGAAUACUUCGCACUCUCGGACUUCAACAGGACCUGGCUCUUUGAACAUGACGAUUCUCAAGAGUCCUGGGACGAUUUCUAUCUCGAGAAUGGCAUCAUCUCAAUAAGUACGGAAUGGGCCGACCACCAUGGAUUCUCGCCUUCUUCACUCACCCCUGAUGUUCCUGGGGAAAUGAGCUAUCAGGUUGGAGUCUUCCACAGCCUACACUGUCUGUCCAUGCUCCGGAAGGGAGUUCUCAACGGGAAGAUCAGUCCAUCCCCCCACAUCAUGCAUUGCUUGUUGCACCUGCGUUACAACCUCAUGUGCAACGCCGAUCUCACGCUGGGAGACACUGAAGAUUACGAACACUACACGAUUCAUCAGCCUCACAAAUGUCGAGACUUCAACGCGAUACGUCGCUGGGCUGACACAUUUCGGUGGAAAGGAUUCAUGGACUGGACAUUGGCAAACUUGUAUCCUAAUGACACAGUAGAGUCGCUUCGGGAGAAGGAUAAAUUAGGUAGACUACCCGUAAAGGAGGAUUUACCGUAGGGUCUAGGUAUCUACAAGGUUAAAUAC